AUGUCCGACCCUUCUAUACCUCGAAACUUCAGCCUCCGAAACGUGAACUCAAACAAACCUCAACUUUACCGAACAGAGUCCCGACAAUCGGCUGCUGCAUCAGACGACUACUAUUCCUUCUCCGAUAAAGGAACUUCAACUCCCGAUAGUCAAGUCACAGCAAUGCGGUUCGCCACACCAGACUCCCAGCCCUCAUCUCAGGCAUCAUCACCAACCGUCCCUCGAACCCAACAACCCCAGCCGGUGGCUCAACCGAGUCACUGCCGUCAACCGGACCCUCAAGACCUCGGCUCUCCUCGGCCAGGCACAGCAAGCACAGUCCGCUUCGGUGAAGAUAGGAUAGCACGCAUCAGUCCCAAAUCCGACGAGACUGUUCGACGUGUGCCAAGUGAAUAUGCUGGUCCAGCACCAACCCCAGGACUUGACGACUCCCCAUAUGUACGAUUUGCCAUUGAUCAGCUUACCCGAGAUGAGCAAGUCCACGGCCCGAGGAGACAAGAUUCUAUUUCGACCAGAGACAGUGACUAUCCCACUGAUCGACUUCUCUGGGACGAAGGGUUGGGGUAUUUCACUCGUGCUAGAACCCCGAUCCGGCAUUCUGUAGCAGCUUUGUCUGAACGAUCUAAUUUCAAGUCCCCAUCUCCACAAGCAUUGCCGCAAAGGCCAGACUCAAUCGACCCCGAGUCAUUUGUUGCUGUGGAGCCGCCUGAAAAUGACUUGCUCUAUCCUGCCCUCGAUUACCUUCCCAUUUCUCUCCGACCAUUGACCCUGCUUAUUGUCAUAUUUUGCUGCUUAUCGAUGAUUACGGGCAUUGUAUUUUGCAACGUCUGGUCAAGGAAGCAUGCUGGUAUUUGGGGUUAUGACGGUCAGGAUGAUUCUCGCUAUUUUGUGAUGCAGUUUCUGCCUCAAAUUCUCGCCGCGCCCAUCAUUGUGAUCACUUUGAUCAUCCAAGCUGCCGUGUACCGCAUAGCGCCAUUUGCAAUGAUGGCAGCAGAGCGCAAGCGGGGCUAUGUCUUACAGGGUCUGCCUGUUCUUCCACGCAAUUUUGUUCUCCCUGAUUUCUCCCAUUUUCGGUAUGGCGAGCCGCUGUUCGGAUUUUCGCUGUUCUCUAUCUGGUUGUCGAACUUCUUCUCAAUCCCCUUGAUGAGCUGCCUCUUCCAGGCCAAGUACUACGUGAUUGAUGGCCAGGGUGUCUGGAGGUGGACAUCUGUGCAGGCGGUUGGUUGGACCCUGGUGGCCUCGUAUGGUCUUCUGACGAUUGGCCUUUUACUACUCGUGGUCCGCUUCAUUCGAGGGUGGACCGGGUUGAUGUGGGACCCUGUUUGUCUCGCCGAUCUUAUCUCCAUUAUCCAAAGGUCCAACAUCCUCCACGAUUAUGAGCAUUCCGAGACCGUCCCAUCUGUCAAAGAAUCUCUUGACCCUCGCAUUCUCAGACUCGGGUACUGGAAGUUGUCCAUGAAGCCCGAGAUAUUCUACGGAAUUGGAGAGGCCGAUGCUCCAAUUCGGACCCCAUCAUUGCAUCAGACCGAGAAGAGCAAGGAGAAACAACCCCACGGACUUGCUAAAGUUUGUUUUGAUCUUGAACACCAUGGUGCCUUUGCCAAUGACCCCUUUGAUCAUCACCUAUAUUCCCCCUUCACCCGCUACCGCUGGACUCCCUGGUUCCUUCGCAAGAUAUCAAUUGCCAUCUGGACCUUUGUGGUGUUCGCCCUUUUCAUCGCUUUCGUUGCUGUCAGCUUCAUUAACAACGCGAUUAAAGGCGGUUUUCCCCCAAAGCUGCCCACGCUCCCCUCGAUCAGUGCUUUCUCAUCUUCCAACUUCCUCUACAGCUUCAUCCCUGCAUUGAUCGGCAAUUUUCUCUUUCUGGCUUGGCAGCCUAUUGAUAUAUACUUCCGGGGCUUGCAGCCAUUUGUUGAACUUUCUUCCCCCGAUGGAGCGUCUGCUGACAGGUCAAUCCUCCUCUCCUAUCCUGCCGCUUUGCCCGUCCAGAUAACUAUGCAAGCCAUCAUCAAUCGCCACUUCAAGAUUGCAUGGAUUUCAUUCAUGAGCAUUGUCUCAAUUGCCAUUCCAAUUCUUGCCGGCGGUGUCUUCAUCGCCCUUUGGUAUCCCUCCGGCCAGGACGUUCGAAUUACCUCGCUCAUGCCUGCAUUCUACACCCUAGUGGCCUUCUGCGCUUCAUACGCCGUCUCAUUCCUGGUCAUAUGGCCCGGUAGACGUCGCUAUCUUCCCCACGACAUCACGACACUCGCAGACCUAAUGAGCUACUUCUACCAAUCGCCUCUACUGGCUGACAAAUUGCUCCGCGAGCCCCGCAGCAAAACAGAUCUAGUCACCCGACUGAUUGUCGCGCCUCCAUCUGAGCGCUUGCUGCCUAUGUACGGAUUCGGCAUAUAUGUCGGCCGUGACGGUAAAGAACAUCUUGGUAUCGACCGGUUCCACCGACCCGGUCGAACAGAUAUGUUGAUUACGACUGGGUCAAUGAAAUAA